AUGCGCUUCACCGUCGCCCUCACUACUUUGGUCGCUGCCGCCAUGGCCGCACCUCUCGAUACCCUUGCUGCCCGUGCAGACGAGCUCAACGCCGCCAUCCAGGCUCUCGCUGCUGAGAACCCCGAGGAUGCCGAGGCCGCCAAGGGUCUCUUGGGCCGUGACAUCGAUCCCAAUGUCCAGCUCACAAAUGAUGACGAACAGGAGGAAGUUUUCAAGCGCGAGGACGAUCUCAACGCCGCCAUCCAGGCCCUCGCUGCUGAGAACCCCGAGGAUGCCGAGGCCGCCAAGGGUCUUCUGGGCCGUGAAAUCAACCCCAAUGUUCAACUCACGAACGACGACGAGCAGGAGGAAGUCUUCAAGCGCGAGGACGAUCUCAACGCCGCCAUCCAGGCUCUCGCUGCCGAGAACCCUGAGGAUGCCGAGGCCGCCAAGGGUCUCCUGGGCCGCGAUAUUAACCCUAACGUCCAGCUCACGAACGACGACGAGCAGGAGGAAGUCUUCAAGAGGGACAUCAACCCCAACGUUCAGCUCACCAACGAUGACGAGCAAGAGGAGGUUUUCAAGCGCGAUAUUGACCCCAACGUUCAACUUACCAACGAUGAUGAGCAGGAGGAGGUCUUCUAA